AUGCAGCUGCCUCCCUUCGACAUGUGGAAGGACUACUUCAACCUGAGCCAGGUGGUGUUGGCGCUGAUCCAGAGUGGGGGGCAGAGGCCAGGGGCCCCAGGGACCGGGGAGCCGAGACCUGGGCCCCCGCUGGAGCAGGCUCAGGGUCCGGGAGGGCCCGGGGCCAGCGGAGGCCUGGCCACCUUGUGCAAUUUCUGCAAGCACAAUGGGGAAUCGCGUCACGUCUACUCGUCACACCAGCUGAAGACCCCAGACGGCGUGGUGAUGUGCCCCAUCCUGCGGCAUUACGUGUGUCCCCUGUGCGGGGCCACCGGCGGCCAGGCACACACGCUCAAGUACUGCCCACUCAACGGUGGCCAGCAGUCUCUCUACCGCCGCAGCGGGCGCAACUCGGCCGGCCGCAAGGUCAAGCGCUGA